UUCUUUCUCUCUAUCCCUCUCUCUCUUCUCAUCUUCUCGCUCCUCUCUUUCUCUCUCACAUAGUCACACACUAAAACUAGAUGACUAUGCAGAGUACAAAGAUCCUAGAGAUAGAGAACACGCGUUAAGGACAACACAUAUAUAUUAGAAGAUGAAGUGUUUGGACUUUGGAUUAGUAUAGCUUCUUCAAUCGAAAGCCCAUGACAUAAAAAGCUAUUUCUUCAUCUACAUAUCUUCGCUUGCCAGAAAAACUGCAGUCUGUUGCACUUGUGGGUGGUUUUCCGGUGAAUUCCAACAUGGGAGACGCCGGAGUUUCCGCUUACCCGGGAAACCUUGACCCGAGAGCUCGAGAAUUCAUUCCGGUUUUUCAUCAGCAGCAAAUCCAUGUAGAAAUACAAACUUUGGUUCCUCCCAACAUGUACUAUUCAUACCCCCAGCACCAUUUCCCGACUCCUUCGCCGCCGCUGUUUCCUACAUCUCCGGCGUACGUCGGCGCCAACCCAUCUUCUUACUCGCCGCCGCCGUCGCGGGGGUUAACUUCUAGAGCCUUGCUGUUGAGCAUGGUCCCCACCGAGGCGAGCGAGUCGUUGGUGAGGAGGGAACUGGAGGUUUUCGGUGACGUACGGGCGGUUCAGAUGGAAAGGAUCCGAGAAGGGAUCGUGACCGUUCAUUUCUACGACCUGAGGCAAGCUCAGGAAGCUUUGGUCGAAAUUCAAGCUCAGCACAUGCAACAGCAGUACCGGUUGCGGAGGCACUACGAUGCCGUUUUGGCAGCUCAUCAUCAUCAUCAUCAUCAUGCUUUAAUGUUCCACUCUGCUCCGCCUCCGCAGCAUCAGCAGCCACCGCAGCUCCUCCCGCCGCCGCCGCCGGUGCCGCCACCGGCACGUGGGCUCAUUGCAGGCCGGGCCGUUUGGGCCCAGUACACUGUUCCGGUGACUUCAUCUAUUCCGGAAGGCACAAACCAAGGGACUCUUGUGGUAUUUAAUCUGGACCCGGAGGUCUCUCCUUUCAUGCUGACACAGAUUUUCCAAGCCUUCGGCCAUGUUAAGGAAUUGAGAGAGACACCUAGGAGAAAGCAUCAGAGGUUUGUAGAGUUCUUUGAUACAAGAGAUGCAGCUAGAGCGCUGAUGCAUAUGAACGGGAAAGAGAUUCAUGGAAGACAGAUUGUGAUUGAAUUCAGCCGUCCCGGCGGUGGCUACAACAAGAACAAGUCCCUAUCUAAGUCCACCGCCAACCUUAAAUUAAACUGCGCAACAGGGAAUCAUACUCCUCCCUCCCCGGCACCGGUACCGCCGCCGCCACCUCAGCCUUUGCAACGUAGAACCUCCGGUCGGUGGCUCCCCAUCUCGGACUCUUUCGACGACAAGAAAGACGGGUUUCACCAUUCCCAAGGAGGAAACCCUAAUGGGAGAAAUGAUGAGUUCAGCAGGAGCAGUUCGAAUUCAAGCCGGAGUUCGCUCACUAAUUCAAUGGGGUCUUUCAGGCUUGGAGAUGGUCAUGAGGAACGAAGUUCAUCUAAGUUCCGGCUUUGGAGUCCGUCAGGUUCAAAGAAGAGUUGCAAGGGAAACGGCACAAGUACUACUCAUGGUAGUGGUGGCAGUAGUAGUAAUAAUAGUAGCACAAAGCAGCAUCAGCUCCUGCAUAAGCAACGGUCUAAGGGUGGGAAUCGACCAUACAAGGGGUCUUCAAGACAGUCAAAGGAGUACGAUCCUCGGUUCUUGAUCAACGAAGAUUCCGUCAUCGAAGCCGAUUCUAGAGAUACCAGAACCACUGUCAUGAUAAAGAACAUACCCAAUAAGUACAGUCAGAAAUUAUUGCUGAACAUGCUGGACAACCACUGUAUACAUUGUAACGAGCAAAUUGGCGGUGAUGGGGAUGACCGGCCAUUGUCUUCCUACGACUUUGUUUACCUCCCCAUUGAUUUCGUGAACAAGUGCAAUGUGGGAUAUGGGUUCGUGAACAUGACAACCCCAGAGGCAACCUUGAGACUCUACAAGGCAUUCCACCGUCAAAGCUGGGAAGUUUUUAACUCCCGCAAAAUUUGUGAAGUUACCUAUGCCAGACUCCAGGGGGUGGAAGCUCUGAAGGAGCAUUUCAAGAACUCCAAGUUCCCGUAUGAUAUUGAUGAGUACAUGCCGGUGAUUUUUUCACCGCCCCGAGACGGGCGGCUGAUGACUGAACCCGUUACCAUAUCUGGCCGGUCCGACACAGCUAGCUCAUCGAAUGUUCAGUAUUCUUCUUGUACGUCCUCCUCUCCCGGCGGAAGUUCCAACUCCAAAGAAGAUCAUUUUUAUUACUCCGACGAACUCUCCGGGCACCUUGAUUUCUGUAACGAUGUUGAUGGAGAUGGCGUAGUCGACGGUGGGGAUCCGGUUGAUGGUAAUCAUGAUGUGCACAGAAGCGGCGGUGGCAGCAGGUGUUGCAGCAGCAGCUCAAACGGCGGCGUGAGUGGAGGAUAUGAUGAUAGUGAUGACGUUGAAUGAACAGUGGAAUGGAUUUUAACUUUACUUUGUACCAAAAUUACCGUUCCUUUGGGAAUGGUUUUAACUGUUUUCUUUUUUUCUUUCCUGAUUUAUUAACCCAAGAAAAUUAAAAAUAUUUGAUAAUAAAAAGGGUAAAAGCCAAGAAAAAGAAAAAGAGAGAGAGGGCUGCUACUGGCUAUGGAGACUGGUAAAAGAAUGGCUGGACCGACCAAUCCGGGUUGAUGUUGAGCUCCGAGCCCUAAUCUCAGAGAAACCCGGACUCUAUUCUUCUGCUUUGAUGAAAUCUGAAAUCUUAUGCUUUAAAGUCUGCUUUUUCUUCUGUUGCCAAUCCAUGGCUAAAGAUUGUGUCAUAUGGUUGGCUGGCUUCCUGGCUUUUGCUAGUUAUUGAUACUAUUGUUGAUGUUGAGAACUGAGAAGUUGGGCUUUGUUUUUUAGUAGCUUUUUUUAGGCUUCCUUUCAUUUCUAGUAUCAUUACGUCCCCUGUAUAGUUUCUCUUCUCUAAUCUUUCUCAAUAUAUGAAACAUUUGCCACUUCCCUCAACUUUAUUGGAAGAAUACCCAAGGUACAUAUCCC